AUGUAUUUACUUUUUCUCUGUCAGAUUCUUUUUAUUUAUUUUAUCUUUUUUCCUUUGGCAUUUUUAUUCUUUCUUUAUUUCCUUCUUUCUUUUUCUUCCUUUCUUUCCUUUUUUCUUUAUUUCCCUCUUUCUUUAUUUCCUUCUUUCUUUCUUUCUUUUUCUUUCUUUCUUUCCUUAUUUCUUUCUUUCCUUUCUUUUUCUUUCUUUAUUUCCUUAUUUCUUUAUUUCCUUCUUUCUUUCUUUCUUUUUCUUUCUUUCUUUCCUUAUUUCUUUAUUUCCUUCUUUCUUUCUUUUUCUUUCUUUCUUUCCUUAUUUCUUUCUUUCCUUCUUUCUUUCUUUCUUUCUUUCCUUAAAUCUUUAUUUCCUUCUUUCUUUCUUUCUUUCUUUCUUUCUUUUUCUUUCUUUUUCUUUCUUUCCUUUUUCUUUAUUUCCUUCUUUCUUUCUUUCUUUCUUUCUUUCUUUCUUUCCUUAAAUCUUUAUUUCCUUCUUUCUUUCUUUCUUUCUUUCUUUUUCUUUCUUUUUCUUUCUUUCCUUUUUCUUUAUUUCCUUCUUUCUUUCUUUCUUUUUCUUUCUUUUUCUUUCUUUUUCUUUCUUUCCUUUUUCUUUAUUUCCUUCUUUCUUUCUUUCGUUUUCUUUCUUUUUCUUUCUUUUUCUUUCUUUAUUUAUUUCCUUUCUUCUUUCUUUAUUUCCUUCUUUCUUUCCUUUCUUUGUCUUUCUUUCUUUCCUUUUUACUUUAGUUCUUUCCUUAUUUUUUUAUUUCCUUCUUUCUUUCUUUCCUUUUUUCUUUCUUUCUUUCCUUUUUUCUUUCUUUCUUUCUUUCCUUUUUUCAUUAUUUCCUUCUUACUUUCCUUUCUUUUUCUUUUUUUCUUUCCUUGUUUCUUUCUUUCUUUCUUUCUUUCUUUCUUUCUUUCUUUUGUUUUCUUUGACAUUUUCCACUUUCGCACUUUUUCUCUUCCCUCAUUCGCUCCAACAUUUUUUAUGCUCUCUCUCUCUCUCUCUCUCUCUCUCUCUCUCUCUCUCUCUCUCUCUCUCCCCACAUGCAUGCCCGUCUCUUUUUCUUGCAAGACGCGUGAAAUUUUUCCUGUUUUAAUUUUGGCUUUCUUUCUUUCUUUCUUUCUUCCUUUCUUUCUUUCUUUCUUUCUUUCUUUCUUUCUUUCUUCCUUUCUUUCUUUCUUUCUUUCUUACUGA